UCCCAUAGUGAGGGCAGAGGCAGACAGCAGGCAAGGCAGAGAGGGGAGAGAGAAAGCCCCAAAGCAGCCUUGUGCCUCUGAGCUGGGAUCUGCCAGGGCACAGCCAGCAUGUUUGUCCUCAGCCCGCUUGUCCGGGGAUCUUACCUGCUGCUUUUCUUCUGCUUUGCUUUGCCUCAGACUGCGUACGCUGACAAUGUCUUCUCAUUUUCAGCAGAUCUGCCUUGUUUGGAACACAAGAAGCAGCACUGCAGAGCACGCUGCCUCCUUGGCCCUCCUCCACCACCCCUGCUCCCACCACCGUCCUUCAGGCACAGCUGGAGCACUAAGCUGGAUAUGGAAGAGCUGUGCCAUGAGCUCCAGAUAAUACAGGCUUCCACUCUGCCUGAAUUGCAUUGCUCUGCAGGGCCUCCUGGCCCCCAGGGUCCACAAGGAAUUCCUGGUAUAAUGGGACCAAAAGGGGAGAAAGGGGAGAUUGGCAGGCCUGGAAGAAAGGGCAGACCAGGUCCCCCGGGCGUCCCUGGGAUGCCAGGACCAGUAGGAUGGCCUGGACCUGUGGGACAGAAGGGUGAAAAGGGAGAGUUGGGUGUGAUGGGAUUGCCAGGUACAAGAGGACCAAUGGGCUCCAAGGGUUUUCCUGGAACUAGAGGAGAAAAGGGAUCCAGAGGUGACAGAGGCGACAAAGGAGUCAAAGGAGACCCGGGAGAAAUAGGCUUCCCUGGAAUGCUGGGACAAAAAGGAGAGAUGGGCCCCAAGGGACAGUCUGGAGUACCAGGACACAGAGGACCUAUAGGAAGACCUGGAAAACGAGGCAAACAAGGACUCAAGGGGGACAUUGGACCCGCGGGUGUCAUGGGCCCACCUGGCAGGCCUGGCCCUGUUGGCCAGCCAGGCCCCCCUGGACCCUCAGGUCUAGGGCAAUUUGCAAUAGGACCAAAGGGAGAAAGAGGACUGCCAGGGCCUCCAGGGAGAUGCCUCUGCAGAACCCCACAGCAAAUGAGUAACCCAUCAUAUGAGCAAUCUGUGUUUGGACACAGUUACCCCAAGGUUCCCGCGAUUUUUGUGGUGAACAAUCAAGAAGAAUUGGAUCGGUUAAACACCGAGAACGCGUUAGCAUUUAGAAGAGAUCAGAGAUCUUUGUAUUUCAAGGAUACCUUUGGAUGGCUCCCAGUCCAGCUCUCCCCUCUGUACCCCAUGGAUUACCGCCUGGAGGAGGGGGGCACCUGUGGAGAUGGCGUCGUGCAGGAUGGGGAGGAGUGCGACGACGGCAACGCGGUGGUGACCGAUGACUGCAUAAGGUGCCGCCGUGCUUACUGCGGAGAUGGCUACAAGCACGAGGGGGUUGAAGACUGUGAUGGGAUGGAUUUUGGAUACUUGACGUGUAGAACAUACCUUCCUGGGUCUUACGGGAAACUGCGCUGCACUCCUUACUGCUACAUUGACUCCACACAGUGUCGAUACUUCACAUGAGGGAGCAGAGGUGGGCAGCAUCCCUCGCCUAGGGGUGCUAGGUGCUACACUAUCACCUACCAAGAAGGACUGGGACACAAAAACCUCCCACCCACCUCUGAGAAAACAAGCAAAGAUACAUCAUGCUGCUGAUGGCCAUUCUGAGAUUUUUUUUUUAAAUAUAGAUUUGUCAGAUAGGGAAAAAUAGGACCACUGCAUCCUGUCUUAAUAGAGAAACUAAUGUCAAGCUGUGUGUGCCAGUGAG